AUGGCGAGAGCGGGGUCCCCGGGCUGCGGGACGAAGCGGGGUGGCCUGGCUGGAAGGCUGCUGCAGCGGCAGGUGGUUGGCCUGGGGUCCGGAUUGCUGAGACCAUCUAACUGCUGGGGAGGCCGCGUCCUUGAAGAUGAUUGAUUUCCCCUCACCGUGUUUCAUUUUUCUCUCCUAGCUUAUGUUCCCGAGGAAGAACUAAAGGCAGCAGAGAUAGAUGAAGAAGCCGUGGAGGAGGAUGGGCUGUCCCUGGACGUCCAGGACGGCGAGUACGUGUGCAACGAGGAAGCGGAGAUCAAAGAAGCCCAGAGCUACCAGAACUCCCCGGUCAGCACCGCGACGAAUCAGGACGCGGGCUACGGGUCCCCUUUCAGUGAGAACAGCGACCAGCUGGUCCAUUUCAAGAGCUCUUCCUCCAGAGAGGGCAAAGAGGAUCCGCAGGGCCCGGACGGCGUCUCCUACCCCCAGGACAGCUUGGCACAGAUCAAGGCUGUGUAUGCCAACCUGUUCUCCGAGUCCUGCUGGUCCAGCCUCGCCUUGGACUUGAAGAAGUCCGGUUCGACCACCAGCAGCAACGAUGUGGGCCCGAAGGAGAGCUCCACCCCCACGCCCACGCCCCCCACCAGCACGGCGGGGCCCACGGGCACCACCGCGAGCACCCCCAGCUCGGGCUCGGGCUCGGGCUCGGGCACCGGAGGCAGCGGCGGCUCGGGCUACGACUGGCACCAGGCCGCGCUGGCCAAGACGCUGCAGCAGACGUCCUCCUACGGGCUGCUCCCCGAGCCCAGCCUCUUCAGCACCGUGCAGCUCUACAGGCAGAACAACAAGCUCUACGGGUCCGUGUUCACGGGCGCCAGCAAGUUCCGCUGCCGGGACUGCAGCGCCGCCUACGACACGCUGGUGGAGCUGACGGUGCACAUGAACGAGACGGGGCACUACCGCGACGACAACCGGGACAAGGACUCCGAGAAGACCAAGCGGUGGUCCAAGCCCAGGAAGCGCUCGCUGAUGGAGAUGGAAGGCAAGGAGGACGCGCAGAAGGUGCUCAAGUGCAUGUACUGCGGCCACUCCUUCGAGUCGCUGCAGGACCUGAGCGUCCACAUGAUCAAGACCAAGCAUUACCAGAAAGUGCCUCUGAAGGAGCCAGUACCAGCCAUCGCCAAACUGGUCCCUUCCACCAAGAAGCGCGCUCUGCAGGACCUGGUGUCGCCGUGCUCUCCCGAGCCGGCGGGGCUGGCCGCCGACGCGGCGCUGGGCGAGUCGGCCAAGGACCAGAAGGCCGCCAACCCCUACGUGACGCCCAACAACCGCUACGGCUACCAGAACGGCGCCAGCUACACCUGGCAGUUCGAGGCCCGCAAGGCGCAGAUCCUCAAGUGCAUGGAGUGCGGCAGCUCCCACGACACCCUGCAGCAGCUCACUGCCCACAUGAUGGUCACCGGCCACUUCCUCAAGGUGACCACCUCGGCCUCCAAGAAGGGGAAGCAGCUGGCGCUGGACCCCGUGGUGGAAGAGAAGAUCCAGUCCAUCCCUUUGCCGCCCACCACGCACACCCGGCUGCCCGCCUCCCACGUCAAGAAGCAGCCCGACUCUCCCGCGGCGUCCUCGCCCGCCGAGGAGAAGAAGGAGCCCGAGCGGGAGAAGGCGCCGGCGGCCGGCGAGGCGGAGAAGAAGGUCAAGGAGGAGAGCCAGGACGCGGCCGAGAAGUUCGAGCCCACCGCCCUGUAUCGGUACCUGCGCGAGGAGGACCUGGACGACAGCCCCAAGGGCGGGGUGGACAUCCUCAAGUCCCUGGAGAACACGGUGUCCACGGCCAUCAGCAAAGCCCAGAACGGCGCACCCUCGUGGGGCGGCUACCCCAGCAUCCACGCGGCCUACCAGCUGCCCGGCACCGUGAAGCCGCUGCCGGCCGUGCAGAGCGUGCAGAUGCAGCCGUCCUACGCGGGGGGCGUGAAGUCACUGUCAUCGGAGCACAGCGCGCUCCUGCACUCCCCGGGGAGCCUCACGCCCCCGCCGCACAAGAGCAACGUGUCGGCCAUGGAGGAGCUGGUGGAGAAGGUCACCGGCAAGGUCAGCGUGAAGAAGGAGGAGAGGCCCGCCGACCGGGAGAAGGGCUCCCCGGCCAAGGCCGUGUCCCCCGUGGCCAAAGAGAACAAGGACUUCCCUCGAGCGGAGGAGAGCGGCGGCAAAGUCCAGCAGAAGAAGGGCCCCGAGGCGGAGGCGGGGAAGGCCAAAAAGGAGGGCGUGCUGGACGCGCACACCCCAAACGGCACCGAGCCGCUCAGGGCCAAAGUCACCAACGGCUGUAAUAACCUGGGGAUCAUCACGGACCACUCGCCCGAGCCCUCCUUCAUCAACCCGCUGAGCGCGCUGCAGUCCAUCAUGAACACGCACCUGGGCAAGGUGUCCAAGCCCGCGAGCCCCUCGCUGGACCCGCUGGCCAUGCUGUACAAGAUCAGCAACAGCAUGCUGGACAAGCCGGUCUACCCCGCCACCCCCGCCAAGCAGGCCGACGCCAUCGACCGCUACUACUACGAGAACAGCGACCAGCCCAUCGACCUGACCAAGUCCAAGAGCAAGCCCCUGGUCUCCGGCGCGGCCGAGUCCGUGGCGUCGCCUCUCCGGGAGAGCGCCCUCAUGGACAUCUCGGACAUGGUGAAAAACCUCACGGGCCGGCUCACCCCCAAGUCCUCCACCCCCUCCACCGUGUCGGAGAAGUCGGACGCCGACGGCAGCAGCUUCGAGGAAGCGCUGGACGAGCUGUCGCCCGUGCACAAGAGGAAGGGGCGGCAGUCCAACUGGAACCCCCAGCACCUGCUCAUCCUGCAGGCUCAGUUUGCCUCGAGCCUGCGGGAGACGCCGGAAGGGAAGUACAUCAUGGCGGACCUGGGCCCCCAGGAGCGGGUGCACAUCUCCAAGUUCACCGGGCUGUCCAUGACCACCAUCAGCCACUGGCUGGCCAACGUGAAGUACCAGCUGAGGAGGACAGGGGGUACCAAGUUCCUGAAGAACCUGGACACAGGACAUCCUGUUUUCUUUUGCAACGAUUGUGCCUCUCAGUUCAGAACUGCUUCUACGUACAUAAAUCACCUAGAAACACACUUAGGCUUCAGCUUGAAGGAUCUCUCCAAGCUGCCACUAAAUCAGAUUCAAGAACAGCAGAACGUUUCAAAAGUCCUGGCCAACAAGGCUUUGGGCCCGGUAGGGGCCGCCGAGGAUGAUCUGGGCUCCACAUUCCAAUGCAAGCUUUGCAACCGGACUUUUGCGAGCAAGCACGCAGUCAAACUGCACCUUAGUAAGACCCACGGCAAGUCCCCGGAGGACCACCUGAUCUAUGUGACAGAGUUGGAAAAACAGUAG